AUGGUGAUCUCCAAGCGUGCCGGUGCCCGCAAGGCAGGCGGUGCUGCAAAGGCGCCGCCCCCCGUAGUGAAUCGCGGAAUCGCCAAAGCAGACUGGCGUGAAGGCUUCAAAAAGCCGCAAGCAGGCGUGUCCGAUAUGACCCUGCUCACGCAGAUUACCAACGAGGCUAUCAAUGACAAUCUUCAUAAACGCUUUGCCAAUGGCGAGAUUUACACAUAUAUCGGCAAUGUGCUCAUCUCUGUGAACCCCUUUCGCGACCUAGGCAUCUAUACUGACGAGGUGCUGCAUUCGUACCGUGGCAAGAACCGUCUAGAGAUGCCGCCGCAUGUAUACGCCAUUGCAGAAGGCGCCUACUACAAUAUGCUGGCGUACAAAGAAAACCAGUGCGUGAUCAUUUCCGGCGAGUCCGGUGCAGGAAAGACCGAAGCGGCCAAGCGUAUCAUGCAGUACAUUGCCGCAGUGAGUGGAAACGAGGCUGCAGCGAGUGGCAUUCACAACAUCAAGGAUAUGGUCCUCGCGACCAACCCUCUUUUGGAAAGUUUUGGGUGUGCCAAGACGCUGCGAAACAACAACAGCUCACGUCACGGCAAGUAUCUGGAAAUUAUGUUUGAUGCGCAGGGCACGCCGGUAGGUGCAACGAUCACCAACUACCUGCUCGAAAAGGGCCGUGUCGUUGGCCAGAUCCGCAACGAGCGCAAUUUCCAUAUCUUCUACCAGUUUACCAAAGCUGCCACACCGCAGCAGCGCGAGAUGUUUGGUCUGCAAGGCCCGGAGGCGUAUGCGUACACGGCUGAUAGCCAGUGUCUCGACGUGCCUGGCAUUGACGAUCAUGCAGACUUUGCUGCGGCAAUGGAAGCGAUGAAGAUCAUCGGGCUGUCGGAGGAUGAGAAGACAAGUAUCCUGCGUAUGCUUGCCUCGAUCCUGUGGCUAGGCAACGUGCACUUUGUCGAGAACGAGCAGGGCGAUGCAGCGAUUGCCAACCCAGACGUGACAGAGUUUGUGGCAUACCUGCUGCAAGUCGAUGCAGCAGCGGUUCAGCGUGCCUUAGUCCAGCGGAUCAUGGAGACGCAGCGUGGUGGCCGCCGUGGCUCCGUGUACGAAGUGCCACUCAACCCGACGCAGGCAGCUGCGGUGCGUGACGCGCUGAGCAAGGCCAUUUACAACAACCUGUUUGAGUGGAUUGUGGCACGUGUGAACCAGUCGCUGCAUGUACGUGGCGGUGCGGCGAAUGUCAUUGGUGUGCUGGACAUUUACGGCUUUGAGAUCUUUGACAACAACUCGUUCGAGCAGUUGUGCAUCAACUAUGUGAACGAGAAGCUGCAACAGAUCUUCAUUGAGCUGACGCUGAAGAAGGAGCAGGAGGAGUAUGCGCAGGAACAGAUCCAGUGGACCCCGAUCAAGUAUUUUAACAACAAGAUCGUAUGUGACUUGAUUGAGUCGAAGCGGCCACCUGGUAUCUUUUCGGCACUGAACGAUGCUGUCGCCACGGCGCAUGCCGACCCUGCUGCGGCAGACAACUCGUUUGUGCAGCGCACGUCGAUGCUUUCAUCGAACCCGCACUUUGAGGCGCGCGGAAACAAGUUCCUGGUGCGCCAUUAUGCCGGCGAUGUGAUGUACAAUGUGACGGGCAUGACAGAGAAAAACAAGGAUGCGCUGCUCAAGGACAUCCUAAACUUGGUCGAUAGUUCGUCCAAUGCUUUCCUCAAGGGUCUUUUCCCCGAUCGCCCGGAUCCUGAUAGCAAGAAGCGUCCGCCGACAGCUGGCGAUCGCAUCAAGGCCAGUGCGAAUUUGCUGGUGGACAAUUUGAUGCAGGCGCAGCCGUCGUACAUUCGCACGAUCAAGCCGAACCAAAACAAGAGCCCAAGUGAGUAUGAUACGCAAGCGAUUGUGCAUCAGAUCAAGUAUCUGGGUCUGCAGGAGAAUAUUCGCGUACGUCGUGCUGGGUUUGCGUACCGCAACACGUUUGAAAAGAUUGUGCAGCGAUUCUACCUGCUCUCGCCAGCCACGUCGUAUGCUGGUGACUACAUUUGGCAGGGCGAUGCGCGCAGUGGAUGUGAGCGUAUUUUCCACGACACGGGCAUUGCGCGUGACGAGUGGCAAUUGGGCGUUACCAAAGGCUUUAUCAAGAACCCUGAGACGCUCUUUGCGUUGGAAACGAUGCGCGAUCGGUACUGGCACAAUAUGGCCAUGCGGAUUCAACGUGCAUGGCGUGCGUACUUGCGCCGCCGCGAAGAAAGCGCACGCCGUAUCCAGCGCGCAUGGCGGCGUAGCCGCGAAGGCCACGAGUUUUUGGAGUUGCGUGAAUAUGGCCACCAGAUUUUGGCCGGCCGCAAGGAACGCCGUCGAUUCAGUCUGAUUAGUAUGCGUCGAUUCCUGGGUGAUUACUUGGACGUGAAUGGCUCGUCGGCAGAGGGACGUAUGCUACGGGCGAGUGCCAAUUUGCCUGGCACGGAACUUGUGGUGUUUAGUGGGCGUGCGCAGCUGCUUGUCGCGCGUCUGGGCCGCUCGUCGAUUCGCAGCCCUCGUUUCUUGCUGAUGACGUCGCGGGCCGUGUACAUUCUCGUGACGCACUUGGUCAACAAGCGCCCACAGACUACGACAGAGCGUGUGAUUCCUCUCACGGCCAUCCGCAGUGUGGGCUUCUCGCAUCUUCGUGACGACUGGAUGGUCCUCCAGACGGGUCUGGACGAAGGAGAUCCGCUCCUGCACUGCGAUUUCAAGACAGAGUUUGUCGCGCAUUUGCUGCAGCAGACGCGGGGUCAGACGCAUGUCACGAUCGCGCCGCAAUUGGAGUACGUGCGCAAAGGACGCAAGAAGGCGCACAUCUCGUUCCGGAAAGAUGAGACGGUGCACUUGGGCGACAUUUACAAGAGUUCCGUGGUCACGGUCGGCUCAGGUGAGCCGCCCAACAGUGUAUCGAGGCCACCGGCCCGCAUGCUCCCCAAAUCAGAGCGCACAGCACGUACGCGACGUGCAGCGCCGGCAGCGGCAGCACGUCCACGUCCACGUCCAGUGCCCACGGCGCUGCCCAGUGGUGGAGGCAUGACACCCGCUGCCCCGCCGCGUCCAACUACGACGACCACGAACAAGCCCAUGCCGCCCCCACCUCCCGCUCGCUCGACCGCACCGAUGCCGACGACGACGACCACACGCAGUGUCCCUGCGGCGCCUGGGCCCAGUGGACAGGGCUUGCCGUCGUACUUGCAAGCAGCGCCAGCCGCGCCUCCAGCCCCUGCGGCUAGUGGUAUACCAUCGUAUCUGCAAUCGACCUCAACUUCUGCGUUGGCCCCGCCUGUGACACAGAUUGGCUCCGCGGCGCCGCCCGCCGCCAGUGUAGCAGCAGUACCAACGCCGGCGCCGGCACCUGCACCUGCACCGCCGGCAUCGCGAGGACCACCGCCACCGCCGCCGCCAGCGCCGGCCUCGCAACGUUUGCCGCGCUACCGUGCAUUGUACGAUUUCGCGACAGUCGAGUCGGGUGAAUUGCCGUUGACCAAGGGCGAUAUCGUCGAGCUGGAAGACAAAGAGGGCAACGGUUGGUGGCUCGUGAAGAAGGGGGGCGCAGAGGGAUGGGCUCCCGCUGACUACUUGGAACUCGUCCCUGAGACCACGCCGAAGCCACGUCCCCCGCCGCCAGCGAAGCCGACCGGCGCCAAGCCGGUCAUGGCAUCGUCUGCACCGACGACAGCGAGCCGCGCCGAUCCGCCGCCGCAAUGGACACCAGCCGACACGCAGGCCGCCCCGAUCGCUGUGAUGCCAGGGAUGGGCGAUCCAGGUGGCUUUGCAGCGGUGCUGGCCCGCAAGAAGGCCGAGAAUGCCGCUGCGGCUGCCGCCGCGCAAGGCGGUGGGGCGCCGCCGCCGCCGCCCAUGUAA